AUGCUUGUCUCUCAUUCAUCUCUUACAAGUUCAAAUCGAGGUCAUCAAUAUGAUACACUGUUCUUCUUCGACGAUUUAGUCAUAAAUGUUUACUUGUGUUCGAUCGUCGCAUCGCAAAUGAACAAUUGCACUCGAAUAUUUCUUCUUGUUACUCCAGCACUGGUUGCUAUUGUUCUGCUUGGGGUGGCUUUUAGUACCAAUUGGUGGAUGAUCACAUUAGACAAAUAUAUUCCAAAGGAAAGCUGGUUAAACACUACAAGCGAUGUUCGCUCUUACUCAAUGCUAAUUCCUCAUACAGUCGCACGAGGUUUACUAACCGAAUGUACGAAAUACGAAAAAACCAAGGUUCUCGUUUCAAACGCUUUUGAUUUUCGCGAGGACCAGUCGCCGCUUGCAAAUGAAACCUGUUCGAGCCAUCAAAUUGGAUGUACGAAGGGCGUGGCAAUCUCGCGUCCACUAACGCGCUGUAUAAACCGUGCACAACAUUGUGACGGAAUAAUUCAUUGUGAAGAUAAAAGCGAUGAAUUAGCAUGCAACCAAACUGUGCACAAUGCCGCUUGUCCAACAGGCUUCACGAAGUGUCCUGACGGUAAAGUUUGUUACCGACAACAAGAACAAACGUGUGAUGGUGUAUCCAACUGCAUGAAUGAUUUUGAUGAACAAAAUUGCAAUGAAGAAAAAUGUCGAUCGAAUAGACAUGUCUACUGUCCUCGAGAAAGGAAAUGUUCAAGAAGAGAAAAUUCCUAUAAAUGUGAUGGCAUUGUUGAUUGCGAAGAUAAUUCCGACGAGGAAAACUGUCAACAUUGCAACGGAGAUCCAACUGUUUUCUUAUGCGAUGGAAGAUGCUUUCAACCGAAAUACAGAUGUGAUGGUGUUGUUCAUUGUUCUGAUCUACGAGACGAGUUGAAUUGCACUGAUUAUUCCAGCACAACGAACGAAAAAGGAGAUAUGUUUCGUCUCGAAUAUUUAUGCCAUGAAAAACGUUUCAAUCCAUUCAUUUUUUAUCCACCAAAGAUCGACCCACGUCUCUUGGAAUCCUAUCCGCAUCCAAACCAACGUACGGAAUACUUGAAUUUCAUGUUCUAUCUCCAAUUAGUCGCCUUCUAUUGCGUCGCAAGUGGUCUAAUCUUUCUCUUCUUGGCAAUUAUCUCCUUGUUCUUCUUUGCCUGUUGUCGCGACAAAUGCAUUAGCGUACCGUUUUGUCUCUACGGUAUGUGGACUUUGUUAGCAUGGAUCGCCAUUUGUGCAGCUCUUCUCGCGUUCGUUGGUAUGUGGCUUUGGAAGAAACACAACUUGAGCGACUAUGAGAACAAUCCGCCACUGGAUAUUAUGAUCUAUCAACGAAAUCCUUCGUUACAAUAUGUGGAAUUUUUUGGCUUGAGCUUUUGGUUAGCAUGCGGUGCAGCAUUGGUGGCAUUCAUUGGUGUAUUGCUAUCAUGUUGUGUUUGCUUCACAGUUGGUUCGUCACGCUCGGAAAAUAAAGAAUAUGAAAUCAUGCAUAUGCAAAACUAUUAA